GUUGGAUAUCGCGACUCCGCGGAGAAACUAAUUAAGUUGGUUGAACAGUCGGUUAGCUUGCAGUGCUUCGAGGUUGACUGAGUAUUCGCAGUGUUAAGUCGAUAAGUGAACCACCUACUUCCACGUAACGUCUCUUAUUGGAUAUCAUAUCUGAACAGGUUAUCCACAAACUAUCUAAAUCACGAGAUGACUUUCUGGAAUACAAUUUUAAUAGCCUGUGUGCUUAUUGCAUCAACAUUUGGAACUGUAGUUGAACAAUGCCCAGGUGGUACCCCAAAAAUUGAUCCGGCCGAUGUUUCCUUAACCAAAUGCAAUAACCCCCCUUGCAUCCUCAAACGGAGAACAACUGUCGGAAUCGAAUUGAAACUGCGACCAGACAAGGAUAUUAAACAUCUAACAACAAGUGUCCAAGGAAUAAUUGCUGAUCUCCCGUUGCCAUUCAUCGGAGUCGAUGGUACCAGCGCCUGCGACAACGUUUACAGUGAAGAUGGAAGUACGAAAGUGGGAUGUCCUUUGAAGGCCGGUGGGACUUACUUGUACAAGAAUUCAUUCCCUGUCCUCCAAAUCUACCCUGCCGUUAGUUUGAAGGUUCAUUGGGCGCUACAAGGCCCGAAUCAAAGGGAUGUGAUCUGCUUCGAGGUGCCAGCUAGGAUUAAGUAAGUUUGAAAAAUGGAUUUGAAUCUCUUCAAAACUUGGCACUUUUGAGAUUAUUUGUCCAAGUAAAAUUAUUGUGAUGGAAUGAGCUUAUUAUUGAAUAAAGAUUAAUUUUUUUGUAGAAAAAA